AUGUCUAUAGGGCCCGUGAAGUUCGACAUCGGCUUCUGGGGCGACUACUUGGACGCACAGCUCUCAUCACUGCCUCCGCUGCCAAGUGUAGAGCGGCUUUCCGAUCGGGUCACUCGAAUUCUUGGAGGCAACCCGGGGCGCAUUGCUUUGCAAGGAACGAAUACAUACUUGGUGGGUACGGGCAGGAGCCGCAUCCUUCUGGACACCGGACAGGUAAUUCAGCAUGCUAUGAAAUAUGGACGGUGUUGCCAUCAUUGCCAUUAUGCUGACUCUUCUUCCAUCAGGGAAAACCAGGCUGGAUCGACUCGCUUUCCCGCACGCUUGAGUCUCAAUCAAUACAGAUAUCGCACGUGCUGCUCACACACUGGCACGGCGAUCAUGUCGGAGGCAUAUGUGACCUCGUCAAGUACGAUCCUCGACUGGGAUCAAAGAUUCACAAGUGGAAACCAGAUGCUGGCCAACUCGGAAUUCUGGAUCGUCAAGUGUUCGAGGUAGAAGGCGCAACGUUGGAGGCGGUCCAUCUGCCGGGCCACGCACAAGAUCACGCCUGCUUCAUCCUCAAAGAAGAGAAGGCCCUUUUCACUGGCGACAACGUUCUUGGGCAUGGAUACAGCACAAGCGAAGAUCUCAUCGCCUAUGUGCAAAGUCUACGGCAGAUGCUUGUGCUAGACUGUGGCAUUGGUUAUCCUGGCCACGGAGAGAGCAUCGCGGAUUUGGAUGCCAAAAUCAAGGAAUAUCUUCACGUUCAAGAGACACGAGAAUUGCAGAUCUGCAGAGCUUUGGCAGGCGAGGCUAGCGGCAGCCGUCUCUUGCCCUCCCGGAUGGGUGUCACCGUGGAAGAGCUUGCCAGAGUCUUGUUCGCUGGCGUCCCGGAGGAGGUACGAAAGUUGUCGGUGGAGCGAGUUCUGUCCGAAAACCUUUGGCUACUGGCAGCGAAAGGUAGCGUCGGAUUCAAGGUACAGAACCGAGAACGCCAUUGGUAUGCAAAACGAGCCCUGACGACAGCUGAGAACUCAUCGUAA